AUGACAAAUGAAUACUAUUUAGCAAGAUUGUGUUCAGUUGAUACGCGUUUUGUUUACAAAGUGGAGAAGAGAUGGGCUUGUGAAGGAAGUGCGGCAUUAAUGUAUGAUGUGUACGUUGGUCCAUCANUGGGUUCCCAGGUACGGGAACCCCCGGUACAACAAGAUCCACCACCAUAUCAAAAUAAUUUACAAGCUAAUCGACAAUCACUCAAUUAUUAUCGACCAGCAGAAGAACGUAUGGUUGAUUUUCAAGAACUUGUUGCUCGUUAUGAAAUCAACCAUACAUUUGCGACAAAAUUACGUGCGCUUGAAGGUUAUGAAAUAGUAUUUAUAUGUGAUGAUUCAGGUUCAAUGAAUACUCCACUUGGGUAUGAAUUAAAACAAACUAUAUCAAUUGUUAUUGAUCUAGCUAGUGUUUUUGAUCCAGAUGAUGUUGAUGUUUGUUUUCUUAAUUGUGAACCUGUUUUUCAUGUUCGUAAUUCAGAACAAUUGGUGCCUAUCUUUGCCGUUCGACCAUCUGAUCCAACUCCGAUUGUUUCAGUUUUUCGAUGUGUACUUCGUGAUAAACAACAUGAAAUAGAAGAACGUAAAUUAUUGAUACUUUUAGCAACUGAUGGUGUACCAACAGAUAAUCAAGGUCAUCGAGAUAUUCGUUCAUUUGAAUAUGUUCUUAAACAAGAACGUAAACCAACAAAUCGUAUUCCUGUAACAAUUAUUGCUUGUACAGAUGAUGAUGAUCGUAUUGGGUAUUUAAAUGAUUAG